AUGAAUGUGGAUGUGGCCUACGCCGAGCUGGUGCCGCGCUACGUCGAUCUUGCGCUGUUCCUCUGCGGGGAGGCACUGCGGCGCAUCAAGGAUGAGCUCCGCCAGCACGCGACGGCCGCAGCGCCGCUCUACGCGUGGCACCUUCGCAAGGUGUGCUUCCUGCACGUGCUGCCCAACGAUGGAGACGCCGGUGUGGAUGACGCCGCGACAGACAACAGUACCGCCGCAGCAGCUGCUGCGAGGCGGGUUGGGGGCACGGGCCCGUCGUGUGCCGCCGCGCCACCAGACCCAAUAGAUGAAGAGGCAAGCUGGGGUGUCGCGCCGGUGCUCUCGGCACAGAGCUCGAAGGAGGUGAGCUUCCGGCGGGCCUAUGCACAGCUGCACCGCCCGUGCGGCGUCGACUCGUGGACUGUGGUGAGCGAGAAGUCGGAUACACACGUUACGCCAGCAGCCACGGACACCUCUCUCAGAAGCGGUGGUGGCACCAGCCAGGCAGCAGAGCAGGUUCACCCGUGCCCCCCACCUGGAGUGGGGCACCGGUGGGACAGGGCCGAAGUGCCGCCGCCGCCGCCGGCCCGCGUCAGCGCAGCACCGACCGACGCGGGGUUUGGGCUUCUGUGCGACUUUCUGAGAACGGCAGCGCAGGCAGGGGGGACGCCGCUCAUGCAGCGCCUCGCCGCCGUCCUGUGUGGUGUUGUGGCAGAGGGUAAGGGGAUCACAUCUGCGCCGGAAGGACACCCUUCGGGCAUCGAGGUACUGCCGUCGGCGCCAACGAUCACCGUCGCUCACCUCUCAGAUCUCUUCGACGAGGACCUCUUUGACGAUGAGCUCAGUGCUGAGGCCGGCAACGCCACGCGUAGUUUUCACAUUUGGGUGAACUAUGAAUGGGCCAGUGCGUCGUUUGCACGGCAGACGCAACUGGCGGCCGCCGUGACGACGUGGCUGGCCGCUCUUCGCCACUGCUUCGAUGGGUUGCCGUCGCGGUGGCUGGCGGCACUGAAACAGCGUGCCGCUGCCUCGGCGCCACCGCUGCCACCACUUGUGUCCACAGUGCCGAUCAAUGUGCGCCGGAUGCACGCGGCAUUGGAAGGCGUUUUCGAGGGCCAUCCAAGCGCUCGUGCAAUGCUGAUGGAGUUGUCGUUGACUCAGAGCACACCGCACCUCACCGACAAUGCGCUUCUCAAGCUGCUCUUUCUGCAGGGGCCACCGGCGUCGAUGAUGAUGGUGCGAGCUGAGCUCAGUAAUCGUGGCACUCAGACAAUCCUCAUGUGCAUCACCAGCGGUAUGCUCCUGUACGCGCAGUAUUACCUCUCCUUUCGCUCCCUGGCAGUCGCGCGGCAGUGCGCGCGCGUGGCGUUGCAGGUCGCUCAAGAAGUACAGUCUAACGCCAUUCUUGCCCUGGCCCACUACACCGCACACGUGGUAGCUAUACACCAAGGCAGACCUGUCGAUGCCGCCAACAGCAUCUCGAUUGCGCUUCAGUUGACCUUGUCGAACGGGUCAGGCAGUAGCAGUGGGCAGAGAGCUGGCCCCGCAGACGGGACGCUCUCGUCGGUGGCGCCGACGCUGUCGGGCACCGACGCCCAACUGGCAAGCCUUGCCUUCGCCGGGGCGGCACAGCUGCUCCUGUUCUUCCCCGGAGCGGUGGGCCCGGCGUUACGCUCCCUCCUUUCGACCGGCCGGCAGAGUAGUAGCGGCGGCUUCGGUGAUGGCGAUGCGGAGGCGCAACACACGCGAAGUGCGGAAGGUGGAGGCUCGGAGGACCCAAACGACUUUACUGGGAGGCACAACGGCGCCGUGGCGGUACAAACAAUUGCCCAGUCCAUUCGCCACUCGCUGCUGCGCGCCAAUGCGGCACUGCUCCAGGCACCACCGGUGGAGGGGAGAUGGAUAGGCAUAGUUGCGAGUCUGCAACGAGAAACGCUGCUGCUCAUCGGGGCAAUGUACGGCAUGGUGUCCUCGCCGCUGGUCAUUACAACGGCGUCGCUCCGACAGCUGCUAGAGGAGGUGAAAGAAGAGACCUCGACUGCGUCACCGGUGUAUAGUCACCACCCGAGGCGCGCGUUGCUGUGGGAGGUACUGCGGCACGCCGCGCACCACGCCUUGGCCCUGCAAGAGGGUUUCCUCGCGCCCUCAAAGUGCACUGCAAGUAGCGCCAGCGGUGGCGCUACUAUGAGCGACGCACUUCGUUGCCUGCACUCGGCGCUGACAGCUGUCGGUGACCACUACGGUGCCUCGGCGUCGGCCGCAGCCAAUGAGGCGGUUUUCUUCUCGUCAGUAGUCCGCUACUGCUCUGGGUGUCAGCUGUACACGAACGGGUACGUUGCCGCCGCCUACGACGUGUGGUCGAGGCUGGCAGAGACACUGAAUCCAGCCCCCUCUGCUGGUGACAUGGAGGGGGGGCAUAGCAAGCAGCGCUGUGCGACCCACAGCCCCGCCGACGCCGACGCGGUGACGAGCACCAACUCUUUACAUGACGAGGACGCCGAGCACUUUUGGCCUCCGGACCAUCUGCUGCUGUACGCCCUGGUGCAGCGCCGGCGUGCGCAGGCGGCAGUGUUUCUCGGCCAUAUUGUGGUGCCUCACCGGCUGCAGAAAGAGCUGCUUACCGUCUCCUCGCGGUACGCGUUUCCUUUCGGCGUUCUCACCGCGCAGCUCAUGGAGGCACAGGCGCACCAGCAGCAUGGCCGCUUCAGCGUCUCGCUGAACGUGGCACGCCAUGUCGAGCAAGCGGCGACACGCAUCGGCUACCCGAGUCUGUGUGAAGCAGCGCGUACACUUCAAGUGACGGCGUACGCCCACAGCGGCUGUUGGUGUGAGGCGCAACGCACACUGGCGAAGUGCUGCCCCACCACAGCAUCCCAGCGCACGUCUGUUCUGUUGCAACAGUACACGGCGUAUCUGGAGCCGCUGCUACUGCACCACAUGCCAGGGUCAGCGGGAAAGGUGGAGUGCCUGACACGCAGUUGGAUUGCUCUGCUCAUGCGGGAGGGCCUCGUGGCGGCGAAGCCGGUGCACGACGAUGGAGACUUGUGCGUCCGCGCCACCGCUGCGGGAAUAUCGGCUGUGGAUGAACUGUGCCUGUACAGUUCCUUGCAGCGAGCGUGCGCACUGCUGGGCUAUCGCACUAACGUCAUCGAAAAGCGAACGGUAAACUGCCUGGAGACGCUCAGCGCACGGCAGCACUGCCCUACCCCUGGCCUCUGCAUCCACGGCAGCUGCGAGGAGCUCUGCCGAAGCGCUCUUUACGGUGACGCAUCCUGCGAUGCGAAGGAAGAGAGGUAG